AUAUGUGCCAAGCCAAUCCGCUUCAGUCCCCAAACCAGAGCGAGGCUGACAGUAUCUGUUGCAGCUCACAAUCACAACUGGGCUUUUUAACACUCCGUCCCUGUCGGCUCAUCAUGGAGGCGCAGCGGUAUCCCCUCAGUGUCCGUUUAAUUGGAGUACUGCACAAGGAGAAGAGCAAAACCUACAUGACAUCCGUGCUUUGGUCAGACCAGAAUGAUAUUUUGGUUUACAGGACUUUUCAGGAUUUCAAGAAAUUCCACAAACAAAUGAAGAAGGCUUUCCCACCCGCAAGUAAAAGGAACAAAUCGGACAGAACCAUCCCCAGAUUUCGAGACAAAAAGGUGACCCUAGGCGGCCAGAGGAAAGGUCCCACAAGGUCACUAGUGCGCCUCAAGUUCUUACAGAAAUACUGUGAUGAACUUCUGAGCUGUGACCCGCGGGUCUCCCAGUCUGCAGAGCUCAUCCAGUUCUUCCAAGCCAAAGACCAGGACCUGCUGCCCGACUUCGCCAAUAACAGUAUCAUGGUCAUGCCAUCAGACGAUGAAGUCAGGGCCAAUGCUGGACAGGGCAGCGGCGGUAACGUGACCCAGCCGUUCAUCACAGAGACGUACAGAUGUGUGGCCAUUUACGAGACCAAAGACACCAAGAACAAACCUUUCAAAGUGGCCAAGGAUGAAAAAGUAGACGUACUCAUCAAAGACAAAGCAGGGUGGUGGCUUGUGGAGAACGAAGACAAGCGGAUGGCCUGGUUUCCUGCCCCCUAUUUGGAGAAGCUAGAAGAUGAUGAUGAUGAUGAUGGGGACGUUGAUGGGACUUCUGAAAGAGGAAUGCUUUACACUGUAGUCAAGUGCUACAAAGCCACUAAAGAUGACGAGCUAACCGUGGCCAUCGGUACAGUGGUGGAGGUCCUGGAGAAGUCUGACCACGGCUGGUGGCUCAUCAGAUAUAAUGGUAAAGCAGGUUACAUCCCCACCAUGUACCUGCAGCCCUAUGUCCACCCUCACGUCCGCAUGACAGCCCACCAUCAAGAUCGCAGAGCCUCCUCCUCACAACUCCUUUCCCCAAAUCUGGAACAGCAAUCCAACCAGCUCAGCCACUCACAGGGAAACCUGUUGCAAAUUCCACCCGCCAAGUCUUCCUCACCCCGCCCCGUCAAACCACACAGCCAGCAGAGAUCACACUCUCUAGAUAUCCAUGCUGAUAUAACUCCUGCUCAGCCUGCAGAAAAAAACACUGCCCCUGCUACAAACGUUGCCAACUCACCAAUGACUGCAAAGGGCACCGCUCCGCCCACAAUCAUGGUGGAGAUGGAUGGAGAAGAGGACAAACCUGGCAUUAUCCUAAGAUCAGAUAGCGAGGAAAGCGACAGCAGCGACGACCUCAAUUCUUCAUGGGCGAGCUCGUCAUUCAACCUGAGCCAGAGUUACAACGAGGGACAGCUGCGUUACAGCCGCACGCCUCCCCCCAUGGCAAACAACCGUCUUAACCCGACAAGCGGCCCACAUGGGAAAAUAAUGAUGCCCAGUAUCUCUGAUCCCAACCUCUACAAGGGCCCGACAACACCCAAGGUUCCACCCAGACCGCGGGCCCAGGAGAUCCUCACCCGGUGUACCACGGUCACCCGCAAGAAUGCAAACAAAGGCGGCCUGUCACACACACAGACAUAAUAAGUCAAUGAGAGAGAUGUUGCACCAGAUGCAAUAAGGAUCUUUGAAGAUAGAUUGCCAACAAGUAUUAAGAAAAUGUACAAUGGCCUUCAGUAAAAAUAAAACUCAUGUCUAGACUAUGUUUUAAAUUAUCACUUAUUUUCCAUACUGGAAACCUUGUGUUGUGCCUGAUAUGCAUUUUGACUGUGCUGAGUGUACACAGAGAGAGAUUGAUUUGUUCUUGUGACUGUAGUAAAAGCAAAUGUUUGUCUGAAAUACCACAGUCUAUUUCCUGCUUGCUGGCUUGAAUAGUGGAAUAUGUGUAAACAACACUGAACACCAGUCUGACCAUGUAAAUGUUGGCUGUUUUCACAUGUUACUUAAGAGCUUGGAACAAAUACAACAAUGUUGAGG